AUGUCUCUUUCAAACAAGCUUUCCAUCACCGACGUCGACGUCAAGGACAAGAGAGUUUUGAUCAGAGUCGAUUUCAACGUCCCUCUCGACUCCGACAAGAACAUUACCAACAACCAACGUAUUGCAGGCGCAGUCCCAACCAUCAAAUAUGCCAUCGACAAUGGUGCUAAAGCCGUUAUCCUCAUGUCUCACUUGGGACGUCCCGAUGGAAAGGUCAACGCUAAAUACUCUUUGAAGCCUGUCGUCCCAGAGCUCGAGAAGCUUUUGGGCGGAAAGAAGGUCGAGAUGGCACCAGAUUGUGUAGGAAAGGAAGUUGAAGAAAUCGUUAACAAGGCAACUGGAGGACAAGUUGUGUUACUUGAGAACUUGAGAUUCCACGCUGAGGAAGAGGGAAGCUCGAAGGAUGCAGAGGGAAAGAAGGUUAAGGCUGAUAAGGAGAAGGUGGAGGAGUUCAGAAAGGGUUUGACUGCUUUGGGAGACAUUUUCAUUAACGAUGCUUUCGGAACUGCCCACAGAGCUCACAGCUCCAUGGUCGGUGUUGAUCUUCCACAAAAGGCAUCCGGAUUCCUCAUGAAGAAGGAACUCGAGUACUUCGCCAAGGCUUUGGAGAACCCCCAACGACCAUUCUUGGCCAUUCUCGGAGGAGCUAAGGUUUCCGACAAGAUCCAAUUGAUCGACAACCUCCUCGGAAAAGUUAACAAGCUCAUCGUUUGCGGUGGUAUGGCAUUCACAUUCAAGAAGACAUUGGAGGGUGUUAAGAUUGGUAACUCUCUUUUCGAUGAGGCUGGAAGCAAGACCGUUAAGGAUCUCGUUGAGAAGGCUAAGAAGAACAACGUUGAGCUUGUUCUCCCAGUUGAUUACAUUACUGCCGACAACUUUGCUAAGGAUGCCAACACUGGCACUGCUACUGAUGAGGAAGGUAUCCCAGAUGGAUGGAUGGGACUUGACUGUGGAGAAAAGAGUAUCGAACUCUACAAGAAAGCUAUUGAUGAGUCCAAGACUAUCCUCUGGAACGGUCCACCAGGAGUCUUCGAAUUCGAGGCUUUUGCCAAGGGUACCAAGGCUACUCUUGAUGCUGCCGUCGAUGCUGCCCAGAAUGGAAAGAUCGUUAUUAUUGGUGGUGGUGACACCGCUACUGUGGCUGCUAAGUAUGGAGUUGAGAGCAAGCUCAGCCACGUUUCAACUGGUGGUGGAGCUUCUUUGGAAUUGCUCGAGGGCAAGGAUCUCCCAGGUGUUUCUGCUUUGUCGAGUAAGUAA